UUAUAAUAUAAAAAACUCGCUUGUACUUUGCAAAUUAAUCUGCACUCGGAACCCUUAAACUUCUCAUGGUUGCAGACGGACUCAAAUUCAAGCGGACGUUGUUGCCACAGGCAGCCGCUGGCGUUGUUGGAGUUGAACUAGCUGCUGUUUUUUUUCUCGAAUUUCUCCACAAGGAAACAAAGGUUGAACAAAUCUGAAUACUACAGACGACCAGGUUGUCAUAAACUACUUUGUAAUGUAUUUCAACUACUGUCUCUGCAAACUGCAUAAAUCAUCCAACAAAAAUGCAGAGGGGAUUAGCGUCGUUUAAUCGUCAUUUUGAUUACGCGCUACUGGUUACUACGGUCCUUUUUUCUAAUGGCGUGAGACGACACUUGGGACGAUCACCUUCAUGAGAGAUUUAACAAGACGUCUUCCCGCACUUCAUCGUUACUCGCAAUGACGGAGCGCUAUCCUUUAGCCGAGAAGGCGAUGUCGGAAGGCUACGCUCGACUCCGGUUCAAGGACACUUCGCUGCUGAUUUGGCAACAGCAGCAGCUGGAGCUGGAGAAAGCGCCUCCGACCAAUUACCUUAGCCGCAGUCAGAGCUCGUGGUACAGCCAGUAUGGAAACCAGGCAGUUGUGAUACAGGACAAAACAAGACUGAAAGAUUCUGACAGCACUGGACAGUCCCGGAUUUGUGUUGUUAUGUGAUAGUGUUAUUUUUGUUAUGACUGAUAUCACACAUAUUGGAGCGUUUCUGUCAAGUCAAAAAUACUGUCCACACGUCAUUAUUCAGACAAUCUCGUGGGCAAGUUUACACCGAGCUUCAUGAGCAAUGCAUCAGUAUUUUAGCAUUUAUAUAUAGUGCAACAGCAGUAUAGUUUGAGGAGCAUUGUCUGCUUAUUAUAGUUACAGACGAACGAGUAGCAAAACUCAAUUUAAACAAUGUUAUCCCCAGAAAAGUGAACACGUAGUUUCUCACUGGAUAUCCCAGUGUAACAAAUUGCGCAUGUCUUUAGUUUUUUUUUUUUUAAGUAUGUUUGCUGUUCCUUAAGACCCAACUAUAUUAUAUACUUAACACUUUCAUUUAAUGUAGAAACAACUACAAUUGUAUAAAUGUGAAUUAGUUACUUGUUCAAACAACUAUUAUGUUUACAUGUAUAAGAUUUAUAUGAGACAGAGCAAUCUUAACACUAAUGGACUCUUUUAAGUAUUAUAUGUGCCAAUUAUGCUAGCUUUAUCUGAAUAUCAGAUGCUUCCAAAAAAUGUUCAUGUGAAAUCAAGAUUUUAAUGGGUUAACAGACUUUUAUGACCUGAAGUUGGUAUAUUUUAACAACUUGACCUCAUUAAGCUUCCCAAAACAGUAUCUUACUCAAAUCUUACUAUUGUGUUUUAUGUCUUCUAAAAAACAAAAGCAUUAAGUGAACUCAAAUAAAUACAUCUAGAUAGUAAAAAUACA